CAGCGCGCGCCGCCGCCGCGGCCGCCGAGCGCGGGCGCCGCGGCCGGGCACGGCGGCGGCGGGGGUGGCGGCGGCGGCGCGGGUUUGGGUGGCCUGGGGGAUUCCCACCGGCGGCCGCUGCCGCCCGUGAUCGUGAAGAAGCCGGGCUGUGCCAAGAACGACUGA